AUGGAACUCGACGAACUGAUCGCAUCGCUGCCACGUCAUCUCGUCAGCUGGCUCAAAGAGGAAGCGGACAACCGCCCCGUUGUCAUGUGCACAGAUCCUUUGAACCACCCUGAAAUCAGACAGCGGUGUCGAUUAUACACAGAUCUGCCGUCAUUCCUCUGCGACUCGGCCGAGCUGACAAACCUUAUCGAUCCAUCAAAUACAGCAACUCCUGUCGUCAUCGUUGACAACGCGACAUCAGCCGACGUGUGCAUCCAAGCCAGAGAAGAAGCCGAGACUCUGCGUAGUGCAGGUCGCUUCAGAAACGCGUCCUUCGGGGCAUCUAGUCGCAAGGCAGUCGACAGCAAGACGCGGAGCGACGAGAUCGUGUGGAUUCGAGAGCAGGACCUCACAGCCCUGCCAGCAUGCACCAGGAUACUUGCGCUAAUCGAGGAACUUCGAGACGCCCUCAACGCGGGUUUCGUUCUCCUGGGCACUGAAUUCAAGGCUUACCGCACAGAGCUACAGCUGUCGGUGUACCCAAGCGGGACAGCUGGCUAUUCUGCACAUAUGGACGCCGGAGCGGAGUCGGGAUGGUUGUCUUCAGAAGCCAUCAUCUCGAACACAGCGUCCUUCCAGUCGGCUGUUCAGAUCGGUUCGCCAUAA